AUGACAGCGACCAUUCCUCACGAGUCGCUGAAUACCACACUCGCGGGUCUUCGGACCCCGGACGUGAUUCAAUUUCGAGGCAUUCCGUAUGGUCGUAUCCCGCGACGAUUCGCUGCACCCGAGAAACUGGAGAGAUAUCCUAGAUUUCUUGACUGCACCAACUUUGGACCUCGGUGUCCGCAAGUUGCUGUAGAUGUCGGGCAUUUGCUACGCAUCCCUCCGGAACAUACGUUCCUAGAUGAGCCGGAGGAUGAGUUUAGAUACAUGAGCAAAAUAGUAGCCGACUCCCUCAGACUGGGAAAGCCAAUGAUCGCUGUGUCCGUCCAGUACCGACUCAAUGUUUUCGCUCUUGGCAAUGGACAAGGGCCUCCGAACUUAGCUCUUCGUGAUCAAGAGCUGGCUUUGCAGUGGGUUCAGGAACAUAUCGCUGGCUUUGGUGGUGAUCCGGAUAUGGUCACUCUAGCGGGUGAGAGCGCCGGAGCUAUUUACUGUCACGCCCACCUUGUUGCAAACGCGCGCGUGCAACAAGUCAUUCUAUCAUCUGGCUCGUUGUUCCUGUCGCCACCUCAGCCUCGACAAUUGGUAGCAAGCUUUCGGGACACGAUUUCCAAGGAACUGGAUCAAACGCUCAAUCUGGAAACUGCAUCUGCAAGUGAGAUUGUUGAAGCAGUCAGAAGAUCUGGUCUGCAGUCAUUUUUCCUCGAAUGGGAAGAAUCCUUCAAUGCUUGGCAGACCAAGACGGGCUGUGUAGAGAGAUUACUACUCAGCGACGUGACGAAAGAGGGAGCGAUUUACCAAGCUGGUGUAUGGGCAACGGACCCAGACUACAUAGCGAAAGCGUUUGAUGCUUCCGAGCAAUAUGGUGGUGAGCUCAAGAAGUUGUACCAUAUAUAUCCCGACCGACCUUCAUCCUGCAAAACAGGGGCGUUGGACUUCAUCAACGACUACAAAUACCUACUACCAGUUCAACUUCUCGAGAAAUCCUUCAAAGAUGCAGGUAAGUCUGUUCUCAGAUGUCUGAUAGACGAAGCAAAUCCAUGGCAACCCUCGAGUGGCGCUCAUCAUGCCGUCGACCUCGUUCUCUUGUUCGGAGGCUUUGAUCUGAGAUUCUCACCUAGUGCUGAGCGCGUUGGUCAGGCUAUGCGCGAGGCGUGGAUCAAGUUUAUCUGUGGAGGCGAACCAUGGUCUGAGGCCACGGAGAAGUAUUAUGGUUUCGGCCCCUAUGGAAGUCUGAAGACGCUUGAAGAUUGGGAAGUUCAGUCACGCAGACGCGUUGGAUUAGCGGAGAAGUUGAGUGAGAUGGAGAGUUCGUUGUUAGACAAGACAUCUCGUGGUCUCGCGGCUGGGAAAGUGAGUUUGUUGAACUGA